AUGACAAUCUUCAUUUGGAUACAGCAUGAAGACAUGGAACAUGAAACUUUACAACGCCGUUCCAUGGCUACAAUCAAGAAUAUGGGUACGAAUGACCUACAUUUAUCCUAUUCACAAAUUAAAUUUCACUUCGCUUUUCUAUCAGGUGUAAAUUCGUAUUCGCAAAUUAUAGCUGCAUUUCGUGCUCAAGGAGACCUUACAGAAGAUCAAUCAAAUAUCUUACCCGUACUUCAAAAUACGCUUGGCAUUUCUCGAGAACGACACACAGCUGAAAUCAAACGUGCACUGUACGAUGAACAGCUGGCUGAAAUAGCCACUAGUAUUAAUUCAUCGUGUGACACAGAUAAUUGGGAAGUCGAAGCUGGCAAUAAUUGUCCAACAGUGGUUCAUCGUCCUCCAGAUACGAACAAUGUUCAACUAGCCGAACAAGUUCUACAAACAACGCCACCCAGUUCUAUCAUUCAGCAUAAAAAACAGUUUACUAAAGCGAAUUUAAAUCACGAUUUACAACAACUACUCAAUGAUGAAAAACGAUACAAUGGAAUUAUUAACGCCACACAGCAACAACAAACACAAACGAAUACUGUUACCAAACCCAAUUUCAAUAAUACAGAUAUCAGCACAUCAAAAGUAGUUCGUCUUGUUCGUGCUAAACAAGUGACAAAACCGAAAACAAGUUUAGAUACUUUAAUCGAAGUUGUGCAAAAAGAGUUACUUCGUGUUAAUGGACAAUCGCAUUCGAUUCCACUUCCAUCAUCAUCAUCAUCUCCUUUGCAGAUACGCUCGUUUUCCUCACCGAAACUACAAAAUCGAAUAUCACAAUCGAACAUCAACCCACAUCGUUCGUACAUAUCAUCAAUUUUACCAUCGUCACAUCCUGCUUCGUUGACAUCGCAAUCGAACCAUUCAUUUAAGAUAACACGUAAACGUGGACUGCCGAAUUACAAUGCAGUCAAGCGCCUAUCAUCCUUCCAACAACGAAAUCGUUCGUUUACUAACGAUGAAGAUGAUAACGAUUACGCAGAAUAUCAUCAUUUGGAAGAUGGCCCAGAAAAUAUUGAAGACAUUGUUCGUGAUGUAGUUGAUGCACUUGUUGCAAAAACAAUUGUGAACACGGCACCAUAUGUUGUUAAUAUGCUUACUGCUAUCCCUAAUCAUAGGAAUGGAAGCAGCACAGAAUCAAAAUUCGCAACAAGCACUGUCAAUGCAUUCAAUACAUCAACAACAAAAUCUCAAGGUACGAUGUCAAAAUCGGACUACUAUCGAAAUGAUUUUACAGUCCUUUCGUCAACUACAAAUGAUUUACGACACUCAGUACAACAAACAUCGCCAUUGAAAUCCCAAUCAGCCUCAUCAUCUCAACAGCAACCCCAACUGCACCAUCCACAAUUGAUCAUUCAACCAACAGCAGGUGCUCCUCUAUCUACGGUACAAGGUGCAACCACACCAACUCUAUUUGUUACACCGCGAAUAUUGAAUUUUCAAACCGUGGUACCGAAACCAACAGCAAAUAUUCAAAUUGGCAACACGAAAAUUAUUCUCGUUUCUCCAUCUAACAUUACUCAGCAUUUACCACAUUCCACAACGCCGAUUCCAUCCACAACAACACCAAUUAUACAGCAGCAACAGCAACAACAACAAUCGAGUCCUGUCAAAGUCGUUAAAUUUACUACAACGAAUAACAAUAAUUCUAACAAUACAAACUCAUUAGCUGCACGGUCAACAAACUUGCCCCUCAACACAACUCAAACAUCGACGUUGACAUUACCGAAGAAUGUUCAAAUCGUCAUACCAUCACAAUCACCAUCGACCAUACAAUUAACUCGACCACAUAAUGACGACGCAAAUAAAUCCCUUCCAACAACCAUUCGUCCAAUUACGACUGUUCCAGUGACAUUAACAACGUGCACAGUUGAUCAAAUUCCUCAAGCGGCACAAGAAGUAACAAUAAGCGCAUCACCAACAUCGUCACCACCUUCAACAGCCAACACAUCCGAUAUGCAGCAGCAACAAACUUCACUAGGUACACAAACUAAUGUGCUUCAUUCGAAUACAACAGACCAUAGUCACACAGGUUCCACUGUAGGAAAACUACGUCGACGCUCAUCAAGUAGUAUACUGAUUGAUAAACCUGUGGGCAAAAUUUUACUACCGAUUGCUAAAUUUCUACCUAUUUACUCGACUAUCAGUAGCAAUGAUCAUAUAUUAAAUGCAGACAACCCAGGUUCGUCAUCAGUUGUUCUUCAACAACAACAACAAUCAUCACCAUCAGUAUUGAACGUGACUACAGCAAGAACAAGUCCAACGAACGACGAAAUGAUUAAAUCGGUUGCAGUUAAUUUUCAAUCACAACCUCAACAAAUUCAAAGACCACCAUCAACUCACGGACCAAUGAUUUAUCGAAUGACAUCCGUGAAUCCAAAUGUACCUGUGUUUCGUGUACGUGCAACAACAGCUCCGACAUCAACGACUGUACUGAAUAAAUCGAUCAAAACUGAUCCUAAGCCAAUAUCAGUAGCUACAACUAGUAGCAUGUGCUAUGAACCAAAGUCAACGCAUAAUCCUUCAACGGCAGGAGGAUCUGUUUCUGUAUUAGCGUGCUUCAAAACAACAAAGAAAAGAAAUAAGGAACGUGCGAUCAUGCCACGACCAAGUGCAACUGAUCUAAAUGAUGCACCGAAUGAUUUACAGCAACGUUCGAGCACACCUGCAAACAGCAAUAAUCUGUCUAUGGUUCUCACUAGUGAUAUAUCAAAUAGUAAUUCAUCACCUGAUUAUCGUCAACAUGUGUGUCUUGUUCAACAAACAAGUCUAUCAUCCACGUUCUCGGAUGAUAUUCCUUCGAACGUGCUUUCAUUGUCUUCACACGAACAAACCAAUGACACGGCAACGUCAUCGUCAAAUAGUAUUCCAAUCGCACGAAAUCAUAGUAUGGAAAUCAAUUCAAUUAAAGGAAUCACAACACCGAAUGUUUCGCGAUCAUCUUCACCCUUACACUCAACACCAAAACCAUUCACGGAAGAUAAAUCUAUGCAGUGUAUUAAUCAAAACAGCACAAAAGAAUAUGAUCCUAUGGAAACAACAACUGGUAUAUUUUCUCGUCUUAGAAUCGACAAUGUUACAUUCAUAUUUUUAACUAUCAUAGAUUCAGAACCAAAGAAGCGAUACAAUCACGAUGACAGUUGGACAGUAAUCGCAGACAGUCUUCUACGUGAUAUUCUCACUCAUGAUGUUUUUCAUACAUUCGACGGUGAUUGUCAACAAAAUUUAUCGACCGAAUUCACUCUUAUACAAACAAACUUGGCUAGUGGAAAGAUUUUAUCAAAAGAUGCAUUGAUCAAUUCUGUACUUGAUGUUAAACGUAAAGUCUUCGAUAAUGAUUCAUUGAAAGCAUCCGAAGACAAUCUGGACAAACUAUUUCAAUAUUUUCAAACUGAACUUGCUGAACGAUGUGAUGAAACAAAUGAAUCAAAACGCUUUCGACAAGAAUAA